AUUCUGAGCAGGCUGCUCUGACUCCGACCGCUGGCUGUUCCGUGCAGGCUGUCCCUCUCCUUCAAAACCGUGCAUCCCCUCCCCGAAGCAGCAGGCAGUGUGCCUCCAUUCAGCCACGUUUGGUAUGCAUGAGCACGGCUGCAGGGAGAGGGGAGGUGGCUUUCUUAAGAAGGUUCAGUGGCUCAGGCAGCGCCACUUGACUAGUCUCCCAAGUUGCAGGAAGCCUUUGCCCUGAUGGAAUUCUCAGGUGUGGAGAUGACCAUGGGAUGCCAGGGCUGUGGGGGACCGUUUAUUUUCUAGGCACUGCUCAGGUUUGCGGCUUCUGGUUUUCCCGGUGGAAUUUGGACGGGGUCAUGAAUCAAACUGAUGCUCCUCGACCCCUAAACUGGACCAUCCGGAAGCUGUGCCACGCAGCCUUUCUCCCAUCUGUCAGACUUCUUAAGGCUCAGAAGUCCUGGAUAGAAAGAGCGUUUUAUAAAAGAGAAUGUGUUCACAUCAUACCCAGCACCAAAGACCCCCAUAGGUGUUGCUGCGGGCGUUUAAUAGGCCAGCAUGUCGGCCUCACUCCCAGUAUCUCAGUUCUUCAGAAUGAGAAAAAUGAAAGUCGCCUCUCCCGAAAUGACAUCCAGUCUGAGAAGUGGUCCAUCAGCAAGCACACUCAACUCAGCCCCACAGAUGCUUUUGGGACCAUUGAGUUCCAAGGAGGCGGCCAUUCCAACAAAGCCAUGUACGUACGAGUAUCUUUCGAUACAAAACCUGAUCUCCUCCUACACCUGAUGACCAAGGAAUGGCAGUUGGAACUUCCCAAGCUUCUCAUCUCAGUUCAUGGGGGCCUACAGAACUUUGAACUCCAGCCAAAACUCAAGCAAGUCUUUGGGAAAGGUCUCAUCAAAGCAGCCAUGACAACUGGAGCAUGGAUAUUCACUGGAGGUGUUAACACAGGUGUUAUUCGUCAUGUUGGAGAUGCCUUGAAGGACCAUGCAUCUAAGUCUCGAGGGAAGAUAUGUACCAUAGGUAUCGCCCCUUGGGGAAUUGUGGAAAACCAGGAGGACCUGAUUGGAAGAGAUGUUGUCCGGCCAUAUCAGACCAUGUCCAAUCCCAUGAGCAAGCUCACUGUUCUCAACAGCAUGCAUUCUCACUUCAUUCUGGCCGACAAUGGGACCACCGGAAAGUACGGAGCAGAGGUGAAACUUAGGAGACAACUGGAAAAGCAUAUUUCACUCCAGAAGAUAAAUACAAGAUGCCUGCCGUUUUUCUCUCUUGAUUCCCGCUUGUUUUAUUCAUUUUGGGGUAGUUGCCAAUUAGACCCAAUUGGAAUCGGUCAAGGCGUUCCAGUGGUGGCACUCAUUGUGGAAGGAGGACCCAAUGUGAUCUCAAUUGUCUUGGAAUACCUUCGAGAUACCCCUCCCGUGCCAGUUGUUGUCUGUGAUGGGAGUGGACGGGCAUCCGACAUCCUGGCAUUUGGGCAUAAAUAUUCAGAAGAAGGCGGACUUAUAAACGAAUCUUUGAGAGACCAGCUAUUGGUGACCAUUCAGAAGACUUUCACAUACACUCGAACCCAAGCUCAGCACCUGUUCAUCAUCCUCAUGGAGUGCAUGAAGAAGAAGGAAUUGAUUACAGUAUUUCGGAUGGGAUCAGAAGGACACCAGGACAUUGAUUUAGCCAUCCUGACAGCUUUGCUUAAAGGAGCCAAUGCCUCGGCCCCAGACCAACUGAGCUUAGCUUUAGCCUGGAACAGAGUCGACAUCGCCCGCAGCCAGAUCUUUAUUUAUGGGCAACAGUGGCCGGUGGGGUCUCUGGAGCAAGCCAUGUUGGAUGCCCUAGUUCUGGACAGAGUGGAUUUUGUGAAAUUACUCAUAGAGAAUGGAGUAAGCAUGCACCGUUUUCUCACCAUCUCCAGACUAGAGGAAUUGUACAAUACGAGACAUGGGCCCUCAAACACAUUGUACCACUUGGUCAGGGAUGUCAAAAAGCGAGAAUAUCCAGGUUUCGGUUGGAUCUAUUUUAAGGGGAACCUGCCCCCAGACUACAGAAUCAGCCUGAUAGACAUCGGCCUGGUGAUCGAGUACCUGAUGGGAGGGGCUUAUCGCUGCAACUACACGCGAAAGCGCUUCCGGACGCUCUACCACAAUCUCUUUGGCCCCAAGAGGCCCAAAGCCUUGAAACUGCUGGGAAUGGAGGAUGAUGUUCCCUUGAGGCGAGGAAGAAAGACAACCAAGAAGCGUGAAGAAGAGGUGGACAUUGACUUGGAUGACCCUGAGAUCAACCACUUCCCUUUCCCUUUUCAUGAGCUGAUGGUGUGGGCCGUCCUGAUGAAGCGGCAGAAGAUGGCCCUGUUCUUCUGGCAGCACGGCGAGGAGGCCAUGGCCAAGGCCUUGGUGGCCUGUAAGCUCUGCAAAGCCAUGGCCCACGAGGCUUCCGAGAACGACAUGGUUGAUGACAUCUCCCAGGAGCUGAACCACAACUCCAGGGACUUUGGCCAACUGGCCGUGGAGCUCCUGGACCAGUCCUACAAGCAGGAUGAGCAGCUGGCCAUGAAACUGCUGACGUAUGAGCUGAAGAACUGGAGCAACGCCACAUGCCUGCAGCUCGCAGUAGCUGCCAAGCACCGUGACUUCAUCGCACACACAUGCAGCCAGAUGUUGCUCACGGACAUGUGGAUGGGUCGGCUCCGGAUGCGCAAGAACUCAGGCCUCAAGGUAAUUCUGGGAAUUCUACUUCCUCCUUCAAUUCUCAGCUUGGAGUUCAAGAACAAAGAUGACAUGCCCUAUAUGACUCAGGCCCAGGAAAUUCACCUCCAAGAGAAGGAGCAAGAAGAACCGGAGAAGCCCACGAAGGAAAAAGACGAAGAGGACAUGGAACUGACAGCAAUGUUGGGACGAAACAACGGGGAGUCCUCCAGGAAGAAGGAUGAAGAGGAAGUUCAGAGCAGACACCGGUUAAUCCCCCUGGGCAGAAAAAUCUAUGAAUUCUACAAUGCACCCAUUGUGAAGUUCUGGUUCUACACUCUGGCGUACAUCGGAUACUUGAUGCUCUUCAACUAUAUCGUGUUAGUGAAGAUGGAGCGCUGGCCUUCCACCCAGGAAUGGAUCGUCAUUUCCUAUAUUUUCACCCUGGGAAUAGAAAAGAUGAGAGAGAUUUUGAUGUCAGAGCCAGGGAAAUUGCUACAAAAAGUAAAGGUGUGGCUGCAAGAGUACUGGAAUGUCACAGACCUCAUAGCCAUCCUUCUGUUCUCUGUUGGAAUGAUCCUUCGUCUCCAAGACCAGCCCUUCAGGAGUGACGGGAGGGUCAUCUAUUGUGUGAACAUCAUUUAUUGGUACAUUCGUCUAUUAGACAUCUUCGGCGUGAACAAGUAUUUGGGCCCAUAUGUAAUGAUGAUUGGAAAAAUGAUGAUAGACAUGAUGUACUUUGUCAUCAUUAUGCUGGUGGUGCUGAUGAGUUUUGGGGUCGCCAGGCAAGCCAUCCUGUUUCCCAACGAGGAGCCAUCAUGGAAAUUGGCCAAGAACAUCUUCUACAUGCCCUAUUGGAUGAUUUAUGGGGAAGUGUUUGCAGACCAGAUAGACCCUCCCUGUGGACAGAAUGAGACUCGAGAGGAUGGUAAAAUAAUCCAACUGCCUCCCUGCAAGACAGGAGCCUGGAUCGUGCCGGCCAUCAUGGCCUGCUACCUCCUAGUGGCAAACAUCCUGCUGGUCAACCUCCUCAUCGCUGUCUUUAACAAUACAUUUUUUGAGGUAAAAUCAAUAUCCAACCAAGUGUGGAAGUUUCAGAGGUAUCAGCUCAUCAUGACUUUCCAUGAAAGGCCCGUUCUGCCCCCACCUCUGAUCAUAUUCAGCCACAUGACCAUGAUAUUCCAGCACCUGUGUUGCCGAUGGAGAAAACACGAGAGUGACCCAGAUGAAAGGGACUAUGGCCUGAAGCUCUUCAUAACUGAUGAUGAGCUCAAGAAAGUACAUGAUUUUGAAGAGCAGUGCAUAGAGGAAUAUUUCAGAGAAAAGGAUGACCGAUUCAACUCGUCCAAUGAUGAGAGGAUACGAGUGACUUCAGAAAGGGUGGAGAACAUGUCCAUGCGGCUGGAGGAAGUCAACGAGAGGGAACACUGCAUGAGGGCCUCGCUCCAGACCGUGGACAUCCGGCUGGCGCAGCUCGAGGACCUCAUCGGGCGCAUGGCUACAGCUCUGGAGCGCCUGACGGGUCUGGAGCGGGCCGAGUCCAACAAAAUCCGCUCGCGGACCUCCUCAGACUGCACAGACGCAGCCUACAUUGUCCGCCAGAGCAGCUUCAACAGCCAGGAGGGGAACACCUUCAAGCUCCAAGAGAGUAUAGAUCCUGCAGGUGAGGAGACCUUGUCCCCAACUUCUCCAACCCUAAUGCCCCGUGUGCGAAGCCAUUCUUUCUAUUCAGUCAGUAUGAAAGACAAAGGUGGGAUAGAAAAGUUGGAGAGUCUUUUUAAAGAAAGGUCCCUGAGCCUACACCGGGCCACUAGUUCCCACUCUGUAGCAAAAGAAUCCAAAGUUCCUGCAGCCCCUGCAAACACCUUGGCCAUUGUUCCUGAUUCCAGGAGACCGUCUUCAUGUAUAGACAUCUAUGUCUCUGCCAUGGAUGAGCUCCACUGUGAUAUAGACCCUCUGGACAAUUCCAUGAACAUCCUUGGGCUGGGAGAGCCAAGCUUUUCGGCUCCAGUAUCUUCCACAGCUCCUUCAAGUAGUGCCUAUGCAACUCUUGCACCCACAGACGGACCUCCAAGCCGGAACACUGAUUUCGAGGACAUCACCUCCAUGGACACUAAAUCUUUUUCUUCAGACUAUACCCACCACCCGGAAUGCCAAAACCUGUGGGACACUGACCCUCCAAUGUACCACACCAUCGAGCGUUCCAAAAGUAGCCGCUACCUAGCCACCACCCCCUUCUUUCUAGAAGAGGCCCCCAUCGUGAAAUCUCACAGCUUUAUGUUUUCUCCUUUGAGGAGCUAUUAUGCCAACAUUGGGGUGCCUGUGAAAACAGCAGAAUACACAAGUAUUACAGACUGUAUUGACACAAGGUGUGUCAAUGCCCCUCAAGUGAUUGCUGACAGAGCCACCUUCCCAGGAGAUCUCGGAGGAAAAGUGGAGGACUCAUCAUGCUGCCAUCCCGAACGAGAAGCAGAACUGAGUCACCCCAGCUCUGACAGUGAGGAGAGUGAGGCCAAGGGCCGGAGAGCCGCCAUUGCAAUACGCCCCCAGGAGGGUGAUAAUUCAGACAGAACCCUGUCCAACAACAUCACAGUUCCCAAGCUAGAGCGUGCCAGCAGCUACUCAGCAGAGGAGCCAAGUGUGCCAUAUGCACACACCAGGAAGAGCUUCUCCAUCAGUGACAAGCUCGACAGGCAGCGGAACGCAGCAAGCCUGAGAAAUCCCUUCCAGAGGAGUAAGUCCUCCAAGCCAGAGGGCCGAGGGGACAGUCUGUCCAUGAGGAGACUCUCCAGAACCUCCGCUUUCCACAGCUUUGAAAGCAAACACAACUAAACCUCCCAGUAAGCUUUGCAGGAGGCUCAAGAAUCCAGCCCUAAAAGUCUCCCCCAAAUUCACCUGUUCCCGUUUCUUGAAACUUAUCUGCUUUAUUCUUAGCUGAGCAAAACAAAUAUUGCUUUGGGAGGAGUUAAUUCAAAGGUGACUUCUGGGCAGAGAUCAAGAAAGCAUUUGUUCUGGCCCAGUGCCAAACAUGGGAUUUAAGUCAUGUUCACACUUGAUGGGCAGGGAGGGGAAAGAGGGAGAAGAAGGGUUGAGAUGAAUGUGUAUCACUAGUCACUUCAGAAAGCCAUGAGUUCUGGGAAUGAAUGGGGCUUCAAGCACUGUCCGUGCCAGGAGUCAUCUUUCCAUUUCUGACCGUUAUCGAGAGUUUUAGGAUGCAGGGCUAAAUUGCAAAAAUAAAAUAGAACAGCCAGCAUACAAAUGAGAUAUUCUAAACUUUCAAUUCUGUUUUCUUUUCACAUUGGCUCCAUCACUGGUGACUGAUGAAGAGCAUCCUUUUUAUUCAGUAUAAGCCGGCAGCAAGCAGUUCUACCUAACGUCCCACAUCCUUCUCAUGCCAACACUUCUGUAAUUGAUCAUUAUAAAGAAAAAACAAGGUAACAGUCAUAGUUCACCUGUCUCUUAUAUAUUCGUUUCUGGUGCCACAACUUUUAUCUUUUUUGAAGAAAAGGGAAAAGAAAUGCCUUUUUGUAUUGCAAUCAAAAUGAAAGAAGAAUUGAUGUUAAAAACAGAUGUCAAGUGGUUUAUUAUAAACAGUGGGCAUUCAAGUAUAGUCAAGCAAGCUCAGGAUGAAUGUAAUUAAAUAAUUUUAUAUUUUUUAAUUUAUUUUGUAUCUCACCUGUCAUCAGUGAAGCCACUCACUGAAUAUGUAAUAGUGAACUUAAAAAAAUAGUAGGCAGAACUCACCUAAAACUGCCAUAUGGGAUACUGUUAUCUUCUCACCAUCCAUGUCAUGUGUGAUGCUGCUGUGUGACCUUCAUCAUUUGUAUGAGUCUACCAUGUCUUCUGAACGUCUCCAGGAUGUAACUGCCAAUUUUCCGUACCACUCAUCACGCGAGCAUUUUGUAUAUGAAUAUCUGGUUACAUGUAGAUAUUUUCAUACCUAGAGUUUUGCCAUUUAAUCUGAGCUCAGCGUAAAUUUAAUUGGAGUUUUUCAAGGGCUGGUAUCUUUUUUAUGGGAUGUUCCAAAGCACUUUUUAAGGAAGUUUCAAAACCAUAAAUAACCUUAGAAUUGACUGGGAGUUUGGUAUCAACCCAAGCCAUCAGUUGCACGCAUACCAUGAAUAUUUUUCUUAUACACAGAGUUAUAAAAAAGAUACAGUAGACUAAAAUAGAAAACAAAUAAACAUGUAAAGAGUUCUGUAGUAUAUGCUGCUUAUAUACAUAUAUAUGCAUUUACCCAGGGAGACAUGUUAAUAUAUAGUAUAUAAACAGACAUAUAGAGCUUUCUUAAAAGGCUUGGACUUUUCUAUCACCUUGAGAUAUAACCAGGAUUUUUUAAUAUCCAAGGAGUUCCAUUGAAAGAAUUCAUUAUGUUAAAUUUUGACAGAUGUUGAAAUUAUGAAUUUUUUAAAUCCCUAUGACCUCAGCUUUUCCUUGUACCAAACUAGAACAUGACUCACUACCUUCCCUCUGCCCCUUUUUGUGCGGAAGCACUUGCUGUCAUGACGUCUCAUUUAGUCUGGUUUCUCCUACACAAAGCGAUUAUGCCAAGUACAAUCAGAAUAGACAAGCCAGUCUAAGCCAGAUAGUAUUAUGGACUCGAGAAUAUAGGCAUACGUUUCUAGAUCCGAAUCUGAAUUUAAAGUGGGAUAAAGAAAUCUUCGGAUUCCUAUUUGGAUCACUGAUUUCAAAGCGAACAAAGAUCUUUAAGGAAAAGGACUUAAUGUCUCUGACCCCAAAUACUACCUGGCUCUUUUGUUUCUCUGUAGUUAUGAACUCCAAAUUGUCUCAUUAUGUGAAAUCAAGUAAGUACAUGGACAAAAUCUCUAGCCUUUAAAUAUUUAAACAAAACCCAAAACCUUCUGAACAAGCUUUUCAGUUGUAGAGAUAAUGAUGUGGCCACAUAUAAAGAAUUAAAGAAUUCCUUCUUCACUCCUUGGAUUUAAGUGAAUAAGAAAUAAGUCACCAGAGUCCCUCAUAUAUAAUUGCUCUAGAAACACUUAAAUUUUUAUUGAACUCCAUAUUGGCUAUUUCCCCCUCAGCGAACACACAUUUGAGAAUAGAUCAGUUGCCCUUAAACUUCCUUGAGUCACGAAUCUCUAUGAGGAUCUAAUGAAACCUCUGGGCCCGCUUCCCAGAAAAAAAUGUACAUACAUGCAAAGUUGCAAUAUACCUUAAAGGGUUCAUGCACCCCUGGUUCCAUAUUGAUUGAUAAUGAGGAGGAGGAACCAUGUUUGUUCAUAAUCAACGCAGUUGUAAUAGGCACUUGACAUUUCAAGACCAUUCCUCGGUGACUCUCGGGAAGGCCAAGUCUCAGCACCAGAGUUUGAACCAAGAUUUUGUUAUUUUUGUUCCUUAGAUUAGCUUUUGCUAGUUUGAUGUACUUACAUCCUAACACUUUGAUGGUUUUACGUAUGGAGCACAUUUACAAAGCCAGAAGCCUCUCUAAAUCUGUAGAGGAAUCUAAGAAGGAGGUGAAAUCGUUAUUCUUUGACCACAGAGCAGGAUAUCACAGCACCUCCAGGGCCUCAUUCUGGACCAGAUUGAAAGUAGGGGAAAGAAAUUAUGAGCAUGAGUGUUUCCAUUCAUCGUGAUUUCUGGAGAGAACCGAGCAGAACCUGGGAAACAAAGUAUUUAACAGCCCUGACCUUGUGACUACCUGGUCCUUUUGUUGUGCAUGAAAAUGAAGUUCUUACAUCUUUUGUGAAGUGUGUGAAAUAUAUAAGCCAAAUUUAAGUGACUUUAAACACAACCCGUGUAACUUUCAUGAGCCAUUUCUUUCCUGUGCACUUACAUGUGUAUUAUGUUUCCAUCCAUUUCUUUCCAUUUCUGGGUGUUCUGCACACCGAUGUGGCAUUGAUUCUGUGGCCUUGUACAGUCAGCUUGUGUCCAGCUCAUUUAUUUCACCAUGUCCCUGAUCGAGGGGACGUUAAUUACCUGUCUCUGUGAAUUAAGCAGCCCGUGAGCAGCAAGUUAUUGAGGAAUGUAAAUAAAGUCAUAGAGCGCUCAAGGAAGUAAAUAGCUUUGGUUUAAUCAUGUACUUCUAAGGUGCCAAUUUUUGUAUACUACUAUAUGUCAUGAUUUGUUCUAAAUUACUCAGUCCUUUUGAAAAAGAAAAGAAGUAAGGAUGUUUAAUGAAAAUGACCGUGGAAAUUCCUGAUUAACCAACAUACUUUAUACUUAUACUUAGAAACCUCCUGCUUAAUGGAUUUCAGUGAAGCUGGAAAGCUUGAGUGUAAUUGCCGUGACUAGUUUGAGUAUUUCUCCAGCCAGAAGGUGUAUUAGGGGUCAGAAUGCAGCACUUUACAGAACUGGAUUUUUUUUUUAAGUCUAAGCUUCCAGGUCUAGGAUAUUAUAUAGCACUUUGAAAGUUCCCCCUUUAAAAAAUAUAUAUCAGAAUAAUCGAAUGAGAAAAAUGUACUUGCAAGAACACAAAAUGUGUUUCUUCUGAAUGUUUCAAAUGUAUUCUAAAAGAUGGUUUCUAUAGAUAAUAUUAUGGUAGAUAACUGGAUAGCACAUUUAUUCUAGUUUCUGAGGCUGUACAGUCUAAUCUUUCUGAAUGUUUAGGCUGUUUAACUUCUGUAAUGAUAAUAAAUAUUAUCCAGUCAUCGAUCAUGCUAUAUCUAUAGGCUAUACCAUUCAGUGUGUGUGGGGCAAUGCUGUAUUAUAAAACACAUGUAAACAUAUAUGUAACCCGUGUUUAACUCAGCAUAGUUGUAGCAUGUGGUUGUAUUAAUGAACGUUACAGGACAGCUUUAUAAUCAUUUACAAAUCUGUAACAUUCAAUAAAGAAGCACAUGUUGCAAGGAUUAAUGAUGUUCCCAAUUCCAUGUUAUUUAGCAUCCUCGUGAAAUGGGCACUUUUGUUCCUGAUCUGCUUUAUGUUUUCCACAUUCCCGUAGACCACUGUAAAAUAUUUGUAUAAGCUGAUGUGCAUCUUCUAACCAGCCCUGUGAGCUGUGGUAGGCAAGUUGUGAUUCUGUGAAAGACAAACUGGCAUGUUAUACAAAAGACUAUAUGACAAAUGAACUGAAAAUAGUAUUUUAAGCUCCAGUUGAAUUAGGUGUUUGUUUACAUCUGCUAACCCAACGUGGAAGCAGUGUACAGUAUUUUAUAAAUAUGUUCACGUAGUAACACUGAUAUGUUUGUUUCUAGAUAAAGUGAUGCUAGUGUGUAGGUGGUUAUAUCCUUGUUCUAGAUAUUGCAUUAUAGCUCACUAUUCUUUAAUAAUAGUAAUGUGACUUAAAUGAAAUAAUCCCGCUCCAAAUCCAGUCUUAAUUUUGUGGCAACAAAAUGCAUGCACUGCUUUAUGCAUUUCUUUUGACUUUUUAAAGGCACUUAACAUUUUACUGUUGCCUGCUGUGACACUUAAACCACUUAGGAACUCACUCAAAAUGUCGGGCUUCUUACACUGUUUGGGGAUUAUGUCCAGUUUUUUUAAUUAAAAACAAAAAAGCAACCAAGGAUUUUUUAUUAUUUUUUUAAGCUCUGAACAAAUAAUAUGGACUAAAGUAUUAACCACAGGGCCUAUAGCUAUGCGAGACCUGGAUAUAGCUAGCCAAUACCACUUGGGUUUACCAAGGUCUAGGUGUUGGUGCAUCUGUGAUAUAUGAAAGGCAUGUUUCUGAUUCUUUAGGGCCAUUAGGUGCAAAUUGCUAAAACAGAGAUGAGAGAAGUCCAUUCGCGACAGUGUAGAAAUCCACAUAUCAGUAUGAAUGAAUCCAGUGGACAACAUAUGACCACGCUCCUACCUUGGGGCUUUUUUCACCUUCUAUGUGAGCCUGGCCCAGGGGAGGGUGAGAGAUGGGUGACUGGGUGUGUGAUUGAGCACUGGGUGACUCUGAAGAGUUUGCCUUGUAAGGAAAUCACCAUUUCAUUGUUAGAAGCCAUUCAACAUCUGGACAAGAGAGGGACCAAUUUGCACAAUUUACACAUCUUAUAAAUGAUGGCUUCUCAACGAGUAGAGAGAACUUUUCUCUCAGCCUGCACUGGCCUAAGCUUUCGCUUCUUUUUACCUGUCAAACAGUCUCUUUCUCAGAUUAGAGUCAACCAAAGGAGGGGUUGGUUCUGAUUUAAGGAAAACAAGAUUUUUUUUCCUUUUCUUUUGUAAUUCGUUUGAGAAUGUAGUUGUGUUACCUUUUCUCUGAUGAAUUCCUUGCACUGAUCGCUGAUAAUGAAAUCAACACAUGACCGUUUCUACAUGUCAUCUAAGAGAGGAAUUCGGUGGCCAAGUAAUCCCGACGGCGGUAAGAGUGAGGUGAAUUUUCCCUCCCCUAACUUACCUAGUCUGCUGGCCCCAUUAAACCUUCAGGCCAUUGCCUAUUUACACAGUGUUGUGUGCUGGGAAGUGAAAAGGACAUGUGUGGCCAGAAGGCCAUAGGCUUUCUGAUGAGCAUCAAUGCCAACCUUGACCCAGGCCUUCCUCUGGAGCAGGCAGACUGCUGAGAGCUGUGGGACACAGAGGGGUGUUCAGCCUUGUGCCUGGAUGCAUAGCCUUCUUCACCCCCUUAACUUUCUUCCUUUCUCUUGGCCCAGCACAAGGUGUUUUUUGCCAGACCAGUUGACUCUUGCUUCUAUUACCUCAAUACCCUCUGGACACUGGCACAGUAAACUGAAACAGUGGUUACAAACAUUCAGACUUUGUCCAGCCCUCACCUUCCCACUGACUUUUCAUCCUCCCUGCAACUUUACCCCACAUGCUCCUAACUUGGCUGGUGUUUGCAUCAGCCUCAUCAGUUCUUUGCCUAUCUGAAUCCCAACCCUCACAUCUUCACCCCAGCUUCUCACAUGUCAUCAGCACCGGCCAUCUACAUCUAGAUUGUGGGGUUGCAAACUCAAAUAUGUGGAGGGACUGGAUCCAGAACACAAAUGUGUCAACUGGGCUGGCGAAAGACAACAGGAAGGAGUUGGGUUUGUAGGGCACGAGAGAACAUGUGUCCUGCUGCAAAGACAUUCACUUUCAGAUGUGCAAACACUGUGGUAGCCAAACAAACGUGUCUGCCAGCAGCUUUCAGUCCCAGAGGCAAUAGUGUGGGACCUCUGAAUCAGAGCCAACCAGGAUCAUAUUCUUGAUUCCAACUUAGUGAGUAUAUACACAAAAUACACUGAGAAUGGAGGCGGGAGGGAAAGAAACUCACCCUUCUCAGGGUUCUUUCUGUUCUCCCAAAUGAUAUGUGCAUGUAUAUUUGCUAGCUGCAUCAUUCUGUACCUAAACUCAGGAUCUUUGUGAGGGAGAUUCAGAAGAAGAGUACCGUAGCAUUGUAUCGAGGCUUGUCCGCUUCCUGUCACUACAGUGUCUGACCUGAGUUUUUAUUGCUGCUCCUGCUGUGCAGAACAGUCCAUGCAGUGUACUGUACUCACAGCCGUUUCAUAACACAGAACUUAGACUCUCAUUUGUAAACGUUCUAACCAUAGUUUAUAAUGGGGAAAAUUAUUCAAAUAUCAUUUUUAAAUGAACUCCUAUAAACAAUUUUGCAGUUGGGUUUCUUAAAGAUACAUACAUCUUUUCGUUCUUUGUGUAUAGAUAGACAGUGGUUUGCAUAUCUAUCGACAUUAUAAAUAUAUAUAAAUCCUUAGAGGAAUUGUUCUUUUUUAAAGGUCUCUUAUUGGAUUCACAGUGCACUUUGAGCUUGUUCAUUUAGAUAUAUAAUUCAAAGCAAAGGUUGGCAGAUACUACGGGAGAAACUUUCUGAAAUUUCUGUAACAAAUGUUUUGCAAUAAAAAAAAAAACUCAGUAGUUCAAAACA